UUUUUACUAUUUUGUUAUAAAAAAAUCCUAACCUAAAGUUAUCAUAACCUAACUUUAUUUAAAAAGUAAACAGCCCUAAAAAUAAUGUUUUUAAAGUUUUAAUACCAAUAACACAGGUAAUCAUGGUUUGUAAAGAUACUUUAAGGAUUAAAAACUUACCAAAAGAACUAAGCGAUGCACAAAAAGAAGACUUUGCGCGUCAUUUUGGGGCAUCAAAAAUAAAAGUGAUCACAUCUCGGGCACAGGGUAGGUCGAUAGUGUACGCGAAAUUCGAAUCGAAUGAAAUAGCCCGAAGUGUAUUGUUUCGUCUGCACCAAAUAACAGUUUUGAAGAACGUUUUGUGUGUGGAAUAUGCUGAGAAGGAUAUUUUACAAGGAAGACUACCAGUCAAAAAGAUCGACGAGCCUGUGGAGAACCAAAACAAGUUUUUCAAGGCUUUUGUGAAUAAAAUCCAUGCUUUCAACGAUUCCGUGGGUUUUCAUCAACCCCCCCCUCCACACUUAAAGUAUGAGUAUCCGAAAGCAAAUAGAGCCACAGUGAGCAAUAUUGCGCAUGCCUUGGCCACCAUACCGAAGUUUUAUGUGCAGGUUUUGCAUUUGAUGAACAAAAUGAACCUGCCGCCCCCGUUUGUGUUGCAAAGUAAUCAGCCAUUGUCUGUUGCUCAGAAAGUUCCCCAACAGCCCCCAGAGAGGCCCCAAAGUUCCUCGGAGUCUGAACUGGAGAGCGACGAAGAAAACUCUAAAAUUGUCGAUGUCAUACCACAGAAGAGAAGUUUGCCACAUAAAAAAGUAGUGAAGAGGCCCAAGUUUAUUAAGCCCCAAGUUGCACAGCCGAGUAGUGCCACGAAAGUGUCGGAAAAAGCUGAAAAUGUGUUUGAUAAAAAUGAUAUAGUCGAAAGGAAAAUUGAGUUGAAAGUCAGUCAGGAUUCACUGGAAAAUAAACAAGACACUGAGGCAGCAAAAACCGGUUCUUUUGGGAUAAUGUUGCCCUUGGUUAAGCCUGUUAUUGAAGAGCAAGAAGAAGAAAGCCGGACAGAGACACCUAAGAAAGUAAUUACGGAAGAAGAGUUACUGGGGAAUCAGAUACCUCCCAAAGAUUUAGGUGUCCUUCCGGUUUUCAAGAACUACCAUCCCGGGGCCCCAACUUGCAGACUGUACAUUAAAAAUAUCGCCAAAACCGUCACCACUGAAGAUUUGGAGCACAUCUUCAACUUGUACCAGCUUGAAGAGGUUGAGGGGCAGCCCAGUCAGUUUGACAUCAGAUUAAUGCAAGAGGGGAGGAUGAAAGGACAGGCUUUUGUCACUUUGGAAAACGUGGAGGUAGCCCAGAAAGCCCUCAAGCAGACCAAUGGGUACAUUUUGAAGAACAAACCCAUGGUGGUUGUGUUUGCCAAAUCAGCAGCUCCAAAAGCUAAAUAACUUCCUAAUAAAAC